UCCGGGCAGCUGCUUAGGCGGUGGUACCCCGGGAGCUGGAGCGGGGCUGGCCCUGGUAGCUCGGUGGCAGCUCCCAGCCCUCCACGCCCCCCACCGCCCUGCGGCGCCCUCCGUAGCUCUCUCGCUUCCUCCCUCUUCUCCUUCACUCCCUCCCUCGGAACCCAAUUGCUCAAGCCGCUUCCUUCUCCAGCGCCAGCGCCAGUUCCCCUCCCGGUGGGGCCCGGGACGGGGCAGCGAACGGUAGACGCUGGAAGGGCUCUGACGGCAGCUGCGAGACCAUGGCCGAACCCCCGGGGUCCCCGGACCCCGCGUCCAAGGCCUCUCUGGGGCCCGCUGCGCAGAGCCUGCGGGGAACUCCACAGCUGCGCCGCUCGAGAGUGGACACCGGUAGCUUGGGCAGGUACAGGGGCAGCGUCACCGCCGGCCUCCCCCUCCGGGAGUGCCCCUCCCAGGGCUCGCUGAUGCUCUCCGGAACCGGCUCGGCGCGCCGGCGGGGAGCGUUGCGGGAACUGCUGGGGCUGCAGGGGACGGCUCCCGCCCGGUGGCUAUCGGAAGAACGCACGGAGGAUCCGGCGGCCGCGGGAGGACCCAGCAGCUCAAGUGGCCCGGGAGGCAGCGGGCUGUGCCUGGAACCGCGGGAGCACGCGUGGAUCCUGGCGGCCGCCGAGGGUCGCUUUGAGGUGCUGCAGGAGCUGCUGGAAGCUGAGCCGGGACUGCUGCUGCGGUGCGACCCGAUCUCAGGUUACACGGUGCUGCACUGGCUGGCCAAGCACGGGCGCCACGAGGAGAUCAUCCUGGUGCACGACUUCGCCCAGCGCCGGGGUCUGCGGCUCGACGUGAGCGCCGCUGGCAGCGGUGGGCUCACGCCACUCCACCUGGCCGCCAUACAGGGCCACGACAUGGUCAUCAAGGUACUGGUGGGAGCCCUAGGCGCUGACCCCACGCGCCGCGACCACAGCGGCCACCGGGCGUGCCACUACCUGCGGUCCGACGCGCCGCAGAACCUGCGGGAGCUGUCGGGGGCUGAGGACUGGGAGGCGACCAGCGUCCGGGAACGCGGCAACGCCAACAACAACAGCAGCAGCACCGCCACUGCAUGGACGCUGAAACGGACCUUGAGCUCAGCGGGCGCCACGGCUGUGGGGACAAGCAAGAAAUCGACGUCAACACGAGCCAGGGAGAAGAACACCGCGGGCAGCCGGGUGGCGCACAUUCACGGCCUUCUCCGCCAGCUGUUUCCCUUCUUUCAGGACCGUUGAGGGGGCAACGGGAACUUGAGAGCUCUGAGAGGAGACGCCAAUGCUGCAGCCAAGACUCCACCCCGGGUUAUCCCGGGUCGCACUCAGGGAGAGAUCACAUAGGGAGGGCCCACCCCCCUCCUCUCUCAGGUACCUGUCCCAGACGGGAGGGCCCUGGCAGUAGGGCACUCCCUAACCAAAUGGGAGCCCACGUCCCAGCGGACCGGGAGCCAGUCCCAAAGCUUCAGAACUGAGAAGUCAGGACAGGAAGGGGGAAAGGUCAGCGUCCUGCAGCCACUUGUGGGCGGGCAGAAGCGCUGGGUUUGUUAGGAAAGAAUCUCUGAAAGAAUGACUGGAGACUGAGACAGUGGCUGCAGCGGCAACGCCCCACAGCCUUCCUAAGGCAGGCUUCCUAAGGGGUCCGGAGAUGAAGGUAGAGCCAACCCCCAGGCCACCUGCUCCUGAGACUACCACACCUUAGCCUGCUAUACAUCCCAGUGUAUCAAGGAUGAUUUCUCUAGUUCAUUAAAGUCAGAUGCUUUUUCCACUCA